AUGAAGCACCGCAAUCAUUUGACGUAUGCUCAGCGUCACAUAAGUGAAAAACUGAAAGUCAUAGUCAAAUUUGGGUACGGCAAUGAACCACCAAUUCCCUGGAAUUAUCAACUUACUUUGAUAUGGAAAGGAGAACCGCGGGUCAAUAUGAAGAAGAUAUCAUCUGUCGAUCAUGGUGCUGAUUUGAACGACCUGGAUUGGAGCACGACCAGGGUAUAA